GAAGACCCAGUCAACAGUUAGAGAGAAGGUCUUCUUCUGCUUUCUCUCUCUAGCAGGCUCAGAAUUUCACGCUCUUCAUUCUCUGUACUUUACCUUUAUCGUUUUCUCAUCCUUUCCUUCGAAGGAAAGUGGACUUUUGGUGUAUCUUUUUCAAUUUAAAAGUAUAGUGAAACAGAAAGUAUGUCAAGUGGAGCGACGUAUUGGUGUUAUGCAUGCAGGCAGCCAAUCGUGCUUGGAGGGAGUGAUGUCAUUUGCCCUUACUGUGAUGGAGGCUUUGUACAAGAACUUAGUGAGAUGCGAGAACAUGGCUUUUCAUCACAGUUGGAAGAGUAUCAUCAAUCGCCUGACAUUUUUGAUGCUAUACAUGCUGUUAUGGGGCAAAGAGGUUCUGAACCAAUAAUUGGGCUUAGAGACGCUGUUGAUACUUUCAUGAGGCAGAGAAUGGCUGGACGAUACCCAAACUUUGAUGUUAGAGGGAGGUCUGGUUCUGCCCCAGUUCCUGAACAGAGUUGGGGUAUUAUCAGUUCUGGUCCUUAUUUGAUAUUUCAUGGUCAACCUCCUGGGUUCAUCUUGUCUAAUGGUAGCCCAAGAGGUGGUCCUAGGCGCAUUGAUUUUGGUAACUAUUUGAUGGGUCAUGGACUGGAAGAACUUGUUCAACAACUCACAAUGAAUGAUCAGCUUGGUCCGGCCCCUGCCUCGCGUUCUUCAAUUGAUGCAAUGCCCACUAUUAAGAUCACACAGGCCCAUCUUCGCUCUGAUUCGCACUGUCCGGUUUGUAAAGAAAAAUUUGAAUUGGGAUCUGAGGCCAGGGAGAUGCCAUGUAACCAUAUUUACCACUCGGACUGUAUUGUUCCUUGGUUGGUUCAGCAUAACUCAUGUCCUGUUUGUCGUGUUGAGCUGCCUCCUCAAGGACAUGCUAGUUCUCGUGGCAAUCGAAGUUGGGGAAGAAGGAAUGCCAAUAGCAGUAGUGACAAUGAUAUCUCCAGGGGCAGGGAGAAUAGCCUGCCGAACCAAGGAAGGAGAAAUCCGCUAUCGUUUUUGUGGCCAUUCCGUUCUUCUAGUUCAAAUACUAACCAUAAUGCUGACAAUGGGGGAAGCAGCUCUUCAACUAAUGACCAGAAUAAUGGAAGAAGUAGGGAAUGACCCUCUGAUAACUAAAAGUUUCAUUUCUUCUCCUGGGUAAGUAUAACUGUCUGUCUAAUGUUGCUUGUAAUUUAAAUGAGAUGGAGAAAAUUUCUGAAGAUAGUAUUUUGAACUUAAUCUCAUGGAAGGCAGAUGGCAGAUGCUGGAUAAUGUUUGUUAAAUAUUUGUAAAUGCAAGUUUUUUGGAAGCAAUUUUCGUUUUACAUUUUAGUUAGUAUCUUGGAAGUUUCACCAUGGUGCAUAGGUAAUCGGUGUGGUCAUCAACAGAAGUGCUAGAAUUAAGGGCUUGGUUUUGAGACCAUUCUUAGAUGAAUCUCUCAAGUGGUGAAGCCUUCCAUUAUCUUCUGCAUAUUAGGUUAGGAUAUGGAUUUAGUUACCCAAGUUGCUGGUGAUUAAGGUUGCUUUAUGAGAUAACUGCGUUAUAGUCUCUGACUGUGGAUUAUU